AUGUUGGAUAGUUCGCCAGUUUCAGUUUUAAAAUCCCCCCCCUCUGACGCCAUAAUAUUGGACCCGGUGGUCCACGAGAAUAUAAUUAGAAUUCCGAAGCCCGAGAUAAAGGAACGCAUUGUCGAGGUCCCUGAGAUUGAAUACGUCGAGAAAAUAAUCGAAGUGCCGGACCCAGUUUACGAGGAGAAGAUCGUACACAUUCCAAAACCAGUGGUCUGCGAGCGCGUUAAGCAGGUAAAGAGGCCUGUGAUUCAGGAGAAGAUUGUAGAGGUUCCAGUGGUUCAGGUGGUUGAGAAGGUGGUUGAGGUGCCUCAGUAUGUUUACCAGGAAAAAGUCGUUGAGGUCCCGAAGGUAGUUGUUCAGGAACGAAUCGUUUCAAUUCCUAGAAAAGUAACGAAGGAAAGAGUUGUAGAAGUUCCCAGAGUCGAAUAUCGUGAGGUAAUAACUGAGAAAGUGGUUGAGGUUGAGGAAGAAGUUCCCGAGAUUGUCGAGAAGGAAGUUCAUGUAACUCAUUACAUUGACCGUCCAUACGAGGUUGAGAAGGUGAUUGAGGUCCCACAGGUCCAACACCUUUACAAGGACGUGUACAAGACACAGUAUCGCAACGUUCCUCAACCUGUGGAGGUACCUGUAACUCACUACCGUAGGGUCCCUGUCGAGCAAGUAAUUGAUAGAAACGUUCCAGUACCUGUUGAGCUUGAAGUUGUCAAGAAGAUUCAGUGUCAAAAAUUCGAGCCAAGGUAUAGAGAAGUCCCUGUUCCUGUACACGUUCAGAGAGUUAUUGAUCAUCCGUUACCGGAAAAGGUACUUAGGAACCCUGAAACCGCUCCAGAAUAUUACAAAGAUGUGCAGAAGGAUCUCGAACGUCUAACUAAAUGA